UCAGUUAUACACCUCUCUCUCAGUUUUAACCCUCUAUUUUUCCUUAGUAUUAUUGAUUUCAUUUUACUUUAUGCUUGGUUGGUCUCUAAAUUUAUAAUUGUGUUCUGCUUUGCGAUUUUAUGGUUUGAAUGGAAAAAGGGUUCUUGAAUUUGUGAUCUGUACCCUUUCAAGCUUGUGUUUUUUCCUUCGAUGGAUUGGAAUUUUUCUUCAAGCAUGUUCCUUCAUUGUUUUGGUUGGUUUUAUUUUUGUCAUUUUCUUAAGUUAAUUCUCCAAAUAGAUGAGAAAGAAAAGGGUGAAUUGUGGGGAUGGGGAAAAAAAAUAUAGUGUAGUGUUUUGUGUAACUAAUUUCAAAAUUUGUGAAUUUUGGUUAUUUGUUCAUUACAAUUCACAACUGGGUUCUCUGCGAUCUGAACAGCUUUUGUUUUGCGAAUGGUGUAGCACGUUUUUUGUAUUGUUAAUUUGGUGGGUGAAACUUCCUGGAAACUGCUUUAAUACAUACCUAAUACUGGGUUCACGGAUGAGGAGUGCGUGGAUAAACCAUUACCCAACUCAAUAUUCUUUUUAGAAGAAAAAUAUUAUAUUAUUAACAUUUAAAAAUGAAAUAAUUUAGUAUUUUAAAUAUACAAAAGAUUAAAUUGAAUAAUAAUUAUAUUCGGUUUUAAUUGAAUCUUCGGUUCAACUAACAAAAUCUGUAAGAGAUUUUAAGUUAAGUUGGGUGGAGUUUGAGUCAAUUGAAAAAAAAAAAAAAAAGAACUUAACCCAAUAUUUAUCCAACGAACACCCUUACCUACACUCCUGUAGUUUGGUUAUUUAUAUCUGUCAUUUUGAGAUAUUGUGCUUAUGGGUUCUUUGUUUAGCAUGACCAAUACCAAGACCAAUCAAAAUGAACCUAAGGAAAUCUCUCAUAAUGAGACCUGUAAGAGGCAAAGAAUGUCACCUGCCACAGUCGAAGAAUCUCCAAGCCUUAUUCCUAAUCUCCCUGAUGAGUUAUCCAUUCAGAUUAUCGCCAGACUUCCUAGAGUUUGUUACUACAAUAUGAGGCUGGUGUCUAGGAAGUGGAAAACAACUAUCAUGAGUUCUGAGUUGUAUAAAGUAAGGAAAGAGAUUGGAACAACUGAAGAGUGGCUAUAUCUGUUGGUUAGGGAUAUGGAAAACAAACUCCUAUGGCAUGCUCUAGACCCCCGUUCUGGAAUAUGGCAGAGACUUCCGGUGAUGCCCAGUGUCAUCGAUGGAGAAAAUUCCCGGAAGGGUUCUUCUAGGUUUUGGAUGUGGAACAUGGUUGAAGGUAUCAGAAUUGCUGAAAUUAUUAGAGGUCUUCUUGGACAGAAGGAUGCACUGGAUGACAUGCCAUUUUGUGGUUGUUCCUUUGGAGCUGUUGAUGGAUGUCUCUAUGUUCUAGGUGGAUUCUCUAAAGCUUCAACUAUGAAAUGUGUUUGGCGAUUUGAUCCAAUACAAAAUGUAUGGAAGAAGGUUGAUUCUAUGUCUACAGGUAGAGCAUAUUGCAAGACAGGAAUCUUAAAUAACAAGCUUUAUGUUGUUGGAGGGGUUAGUCAAGGUCAAGCAGGGUUGAUUCCUCUUCGGUCUGCUGAAGUUUUUGACCCUUUCACGGAUACAUGGUCUGAUGUACCUAGUAUGCCAUUCUCCAGAGCUGGAGUCCUGCCCACAGUUUUUCUAGCUGACAUGUUAAGGCCUAUUGCCACCGGGCUAACCUCGUACAAAGGAAGGUUAUAUGUUCCUCAAAGUUUGUAUUCAUGGCCCUUUUUUGUUGAUGUUGGGGGAGAAAUAUAUGAUCCACAAACAAAUUCAUGGAUAGAAAUGCCAAAUGGAAUGGGUGAAGGAUGGCCUAUUAAGCAGGCAGGAACAAAACUGAGCGUUGUGGUGAAUGAUGAAUUAUAUGCUUUUGAUCCUUCAAAUUCUGUGGAUAAUGGAAGGAUCAAGGUGUAUGAUCAAGGAGAGGAUGCAUGGAAGGUUGUUAUUGGGAAAGUCCCUGUAUAUGACUUUUCCAAUUCAGAGUCUCCGUAUCUGUUAGCAGGUUUCCAUGGAAAGCUUCAUUUCAUUGCAAAAGAUUCCAAGCAUGAUAUUGCUGUUCUGCAGGCUGUUCCAUGCAGUAAUUUGGAUUCUUCAGCAUCAGCCUCAACACCUCCAUCUCCCACAUUCAUGCAGGAUGAAUUGUUGAUAGAUUCGGCUGCAGAAACAGAUGCAGUUGUUUGGAUAGAAGUUGCCGCUAAGAGUUUUGGACAGGCUGAACUCAUCAAUUGCCAAGUUAUUGAUAUUUAAACUCAUACCAAGCAACAAAUGUCACAGUCAAUAUCUCAGUUUACUGUAAGUUAUGCAUCAUAACAAUGAGUUAUGUAAUAGUUAGUAUUAUUAUGUGACAUACUUUUGCUUGUUGCUAGGGACUCAAAUAUAAUAAAAGCAUAUUAGUAUUCAA